GGUGCGGGGCGGAGCUGCUCCGCAGGCGGAAGCGGCGGGCGGCCAUGGGGCCGCCGUGCUGCCGGUGGUUGCUGCCGCUCGGCCUCCUGCAGCUGCUGGGCGGCCCCGCCGCCGCUGCGUGCCCCUGCCAGGACCCGCAGCUCUGCCGCCCCGUCACUGGUACCAGCGACUUCGAGGUCUUCGUGUUCGAUGUGGGAAAGGAAACCUGGAAAUCCUAUGACUGGUCAAAAAUCACAACUGUGGCAGCUUUUGGAAAGUACGAUCCUGAGCUCAUGUGCUAUGCUCACGCUAAAAGCUCCAGGAUAGUACUGAAAGGUGAUGUACCUCUUAAGGAAAUUGUUGAUCCUGCUAAAAGAGCAGCGUGGAUAUCCCAACAAGUGGACCUUGCAAAAAGACAGUAUAUGGAUGGAAUUAACAUAGAUAUAGAGCAAGAAGUUAAUGAAACCUCCCCUGAGUAUUAUGCAUUAACAGAGCUUGUUAAAGAAACUACAGAUGCUUUUCACAGAGAAAUUCCAGGAUCACAGGUAACAUUUGAUGUGGCUUGGUCUCCAGCAUGCAUAGAUAAAAGGUGCUACAACUACACUGGGAUUGCAGAUGCCUGUGACUUCUUAUUUGUGAUGUCAUAUGAUGAACAGAGCCAGAUCUGGACAGACUGUAUUGCAAAAGCUAAUGCUCCCUACCUGCAGACUUUAGUUGGAUAUGAGGAGUACAUUACUAUGGGUAUUGAUCCUAAGAAGCUUGUGAUGGGUGUCCCCUGGUAUGGCUAUGACUAUGUCUGCCAAAAUCUAUCUAAGGAUCAUGUUUGUUCCCUCUCCAAAGUUCCCUUCCGUGGGGCUCCUUGCAGUGAUGCUGCAGGGCGUCAAGUCCCCUACAGAGCAAUAAUGAAGCAGGUGAAUAGUUCUCUUUCAGGGGUGCUGUGGGAUGAGGUACAGAAGUCUCCAUUUUAUGAAUACAAGGAUUCUCUUGGUCACUUGCACCAAGUAUGGUAUGAUGACCCUCGCAGCAUCUCUCUAAAAGCAGCAUAUGUGAAGAAUCGAGGUUUAAGAGGCAUUGGCAUGUGGAAUGGAAAUAGUCUUGACUAUUCUGGAGAAGCUGUAGCAGAGCAACAAACAGAAGCAAUGUGGCAAGCCCUGACACCCUAAGAAGUUUGUGAACCCUUGAUUUAGAGUGAUGACAAUUGGGGUUUUUUGUUAUGGCUUAUCCUAUUGUAGAUUCUGACUUUAUAUAAAUAUACUACAAUUACAAAA